ACAACAAAGGCCUAAAACAGUGUUUCUUUAUUUGCAUACUUUCUCCUUAAUUCUAUUCCUUUCUCGAACGAAAACAAUGGUAGAGCUCUUUCUUUCUGCAUUCCUUGAAGAGUUGUUUGACCAACUGGCGUCUCCUGAGUUGUUGAAAUUUGCUCGCAGAGAGGGACUCCGCAAACAGCUGGACAAGUGGGGCGAAACCAUGGAAAGAAUUCGAGAGGUGCUUGAUGAUGCAGAGGAGAAGCAACAGACUAAAAAGACAGUGAAAGCUUGGCUUGAUGAUCUUAGAGACUUGGCCUACGACGUGGAAGAUAUACUGGAUGAGUUCGCCACAGAAGCUUUUCAAUGCAAGUUGAUGGCCGGUGAAAGUCAGGCUAGUGCUAGUAUGGUAGGAAAUCUCGUCCCUGCUUGUUGUACUUGUUUAACUCCAAGUGUUGUUAAGAUCAAGUUUAGGCUGGGGUCAAAGAUAGAGAAAAUAAAUACAAGAUUUAAUGAUCUCGUGACUCAAAAAGAUCAACUUAAUUUGAAGGAAAAUGUUGGUCCGAGGCCAAACAAAAGAAGAGAGAGACCUCCCUCAACUUCCGUGGUGACCGAAGGUCACAUACAUGGUAGGGAGGAAGUCAUAGGGGCUGUACUUCGAUUAUUGUUCUGUGAAAAACAUAGUGAUGCUUUGAAUAAAGUACCCAAUGUGAUUCCUAUAGUUGGUAUGGGGGGUAUCGGAAAGACAACAUUGGCCCAGCUGGUAUACAAUGAUAAAAAAGUGGAGAGCUUUUUCGAUCUGAAAGCAUGGGCUUGUGUUUCAGAAGAUUUUGAUGUUGUUGCAAUUACAAAAACAAUUUUACAAUCUUUGACCUCGGAAAAUUGUGACGGCAAAGAUCUAAAUUGGUUGCAAGUCAGAUUGAAGGAGAAACUACUUGGAAAAAGGUUUCUAGUAAUUCUUGAUGAUGUUUGGAACAAAAACUACAAUGAUUGGACUCUUUUGCGUGCUCCUUUUGAAGCAGGGGCUCAAGGAAGUAGUAUUAUCGUCACAACUCGUAAUCAGGGAGUCUCAUCACUAAUGCGAAACAAGGAAGUUGAGCCUUUUCAAUUGGAAUUGUUAUCAAAUGAUGCUUGCUUGUCCAUAUUUUCCCAACAUGCAUUGGAUGCAAGAGACUUCAGUGCGUAUCCAGAUCUUAAAGAUAUUGGUGAGGAACUCGUUAGAAGGUGUAAAGGCUUGCCUUUAGCAGUGAAAACUAUUGCAGGAGUCUUACGCAGUAAACAAGAAGACCGCAGUGAGUGGGAAAAAGUUUUGAAUAGUAAGAUAUGGGAUAUACCUGAGGAGAGAAGUGGAAUUGCUCCUGCGCUUAUGUUAAGCUAUCACAAUCUCCCUUCACAUUUAAAGAGGUGCUUUGCUUAUUGUUCUAUACUCUCGAAAGAUUAUGAAUUUGAGGAGAAGCAAGUGGUUCUUUUAGCAGUACUUUUAGCAGUUUCUUUGGCAUUUUUUUGGGAGGGUACAAAGUAUUUACAGGUGAAAACAUUGAGGAAUUGAAAAGAUAUCAUGGUUGUUUCCUGA